AUGUGGACACUUCCAAAAUAUGCGAAAGCAUGUUUUAUUUACCCAGCAUGGGAAGGAGUUGAUUUUAAUUUUGAAAACACUGAUCCGUAUGCAAAUUCAGAAUUUUUUGAUUCUGAUUCUUCCCAGCAUACUCCUUAUUUUGCAUUUAAUUUAAUUCAAAGAUUCAGAAGAAAUAGCACUACGGAAAGCUCAUCGUACACUCAUCAGUUUUCAAAAUUCGAUGUUCGACAUCCAAUUGUUGUCAAAAACUUCCAUAUUUGGUAUAAUGAAGAUGAUCAGACAUUUAAAACGAAUUCUGAUAAGUCUUAUAAUUUUGGUGCCACAUUAUGUCCAAAUAAUCUCCCAGGUGUGCCGCACAAAGCUCAAAAGCGAAUUAAAAUAAUCAAAAGGCAUAAUCAAACAAUCAAGUAUUAA